GGUGGAGGAGGAGGUGGAGGCACAUCGGGAAGGUCUUCAACAGCAGCUCGUGAUUCCCGUCGACAGACCAGGGUGAUCCGUACAGGAAGGGAUCGUGGCUCAGGCCUUCUAGGUAGUCAGCCUCAGCCAGUGAUACCAGCUUCUGUCAUCCCUGAAGAACUUAUAACUCAGGCCCAGGUAGUUCUCCAGGGGAAGUCCAGGAGUGUUAUCAUAAGGGAACUCCAGAGGACCAACCUGGAUGUCAACCUUGCAGUCAACAACCUGCUGAGCCGAGAUGAUGAAGACGGAGAUGAUGGAGACGACACGGCCAGCGAGUCUUACCUCCCUGGAGAAGACCUGAUGUCUCUGCUGGAUGCAGACAUUCACUCGGCUCAUCCUAGUGUGAUUAUUGAUGCUGAUGCCAUGUUCUCCGAGGACAUCAGCUACUUUGGCUACCCUUCCUUUAGACGCUCCUCACUAUCUCGCCUGGGAUCCUCCAGAGUUCUCCUUCUUCCCUUAGAGCGAGAUUCAGAGCUGUUGCGUGAGAGGGAGUCUGUAUUGAGGUUGCGGGAACGCCGAUGGCUAGAUGGGGCCUCAUUUGACACAGAGCGAGGCUCCACCAGCCGUGAGGGUGAGCCCAGCUUGGACAAAAAGAGCAUCCCUGUCCAGAGCCCCGUUUCCCUGGGAGAGGAACUUCAGUGGUGGCCUGACAAGGAUGGUGUGAAGUUUGUGAGUAUCGGUGCCAUGUUCUCAGAGCUGGUGGCUGUCAGCUCCAAAGGAGAACUUUAUCAAUGGAAGUGGAGUGAACCUGAGCCUUAUAGGAAUGCACAGAAUCCUUCCAUUCAUCACCCACGUGUGUCCUUCCUAGGCCUGGCUAAUGAAAAGAUCACCUUAUUAUCUGCCAAUAGCAUCAGGGCCACUGUGGCUACGGAGGCCAACAAGGUGGCAACCUGGGUAGAUGACACACUAAGCACAGUGGCCUCUAAGCUUGAGCACAGUGCUCAGGCUUUCCCUGAGCUGCAGGGUGAACGCCUAGUGUCACUGCAUUGCUGUGCCCUCUACACCUGUGCACAGCAGGAGAAUAAUCUCUUCUGGUGGGGAGUUGUGCCUUUUAGUCAACGGAAGAAGAUGCUUGAAAAGGCCAGGGCCAAAAACAAAAAGCCAAAGUCUAGUGCUGGCAUCUCUUCAAUACCCAACAUCACUGUGGGCACACAGGUGUGUUUGAGAAAUAACCCCCUCUACCAUGCCGGUGCAGUGGCCUUCUCUGUCAGUGCUGGGAUUCCCAAAGUGGGAGUCCUGUUGGAAUCUGUUUGGAACAUGAAUGACAGUUGCAGAUUCCAGCUACGCUCACCAGAGAGCCUAAAAAACAUGGAGAAGACCACUAAGACCCAGGAAAUCAAGACGGAAAGCAAGCCAGAGCUUGUAAAGACUGAGAUGGGUCCUCCUCCCUCCCCAGCGUCCACCUGCAGUGAUACCUCUUCCAUUGCCAGCAGUGCCUCACUGCCCUACAAGCGAAGGCGUUCCACCCCGGCUCCAAAAGAGGAAGAGAAGGUGAAUGAGGAGCAGUGGCCCCUAAGGGAGGUGGUGUUUGUGGAGGAUGUUAAAAAUGUCCCUGUGGGAAAGGUGCUUAAAGUGGAUGGUGCAUACGUUGCUGUUAAGUUUCCAGGAACAUCAAGCAGUGUGAGCAACCAGAGCAAUGCUGCUCCCACUGACUCAGACCCUUCAUCCCUGUUACAGGACUGUAGGCUCCUUAGAAUAGAUGAGCUGCAGGUGGUCAAAACUGGCGGGACUCCAAAAGUUCCUGACUGUUUUCAACGAACACCUAAAAAGCUCUGCAUCCCAGAAAAGGCAGAGAUUUUGGCUGUGAAUGUUGACUCCAAAGGAGUCCACGCAGUUUUGAAAACUGCUAACUGGGUAAGGUACUGCAUCUUUGAUCUAGCCACAGGCAAAGCUGAACAGGAGAAUAACUUCCCAACUAGCAACCUGGCCUUCCUGGGGCAGAGUGAGCGCAAUGUUGCCAUAUUUACCGCAGGACAGGAAUCUCCGAUUAUCCUUCGGGAUGGAAAUGGCACAAUCUACCCAAUGGCCAAGGACUGCAUGGGCGGAAUUCGAGAUCCUGAUUGGUUGGACCUCCCUCCUAUAAACAGCCUGGGAAUGGGGGUGCACUCUCUGGCUAAUCUGCCCUCUAACUCAACAAUUAAAAAGAAAGCUGCUAUAAUUAUUAUGGCUGUUGAGAAACAGACGCUGAUGCAGCAUGUCCUGCGUUGUGACUACGAGGCCUGUCGACAGUAUCUGGUGAACCUUGAGCAGGCUUUCCUGUUGGAUCAGGGCAGCCAGGCUCUUGGAGCCAUCCUGGACAAUCGCUGUGAUGGAAACCGUAACAUCCUUCAUGCUGCUGUCUCUGUCUGCUUUCCUGUUAGUAAUAAAGAGACCAAAGAAGAAGAAGAAGCUGAAAGGUCGGAGAGGAACACAUUUGCAGAGCGUCUGUCUGCUGUGGAGGCAAUUGCAAAUGCCAUCUCCGUGGUAUCAAGCAACAGCUCUGGGAAUAGGACUGGUUCAUCAAGUAGCAGAGGGCUUCGUCUAAGAGAGAUGAUGCGAAGGUCUCUUCGAGCAGCAGGUCUCAGUCGUCAUGAGUCUGGCCCUUCAUCCAGUGACCAUCAAGAUCCUGUAUCACCUCCUAUUGCCCCACCAAGUUGGGUGCCUGACCCGCCACCCAUGGACCCUGACGGCGACAUUGACUUCAUUCUAGCACCAGCAGUGGGUUCCCUAACCACCGCCUCCACUGGGCCCAGCCAGGGACCAAGCACCUCCACCCUACCAGGGACAUCCACUGAGUCGUCUGUGGUGGAAUCUAAAGACAGGAAAGCCAAUGCCCACCUUAUCCUGAAGCUGAUGUGUGACAGUGUUGUUCUGAGGCCACACCUACGGGAGCUGCUCUCUGCCAAAGAUGCCCGUGGAAUGACCCCUUUCAUGCUAGCAGUCAGUGGGAGAGCCUAUCCUGCAGCCAUCACUGUACUGGAGGCUGCUCAGAAAAUGGCUAAGAGUAA